ACAACUGGAAGAACAGAAGCCAAGUCCAUGGGCAUCUAAAAGUUCCUAUCACAAACCCGGUGGAGCAACUAUAAGAAAGCCAGACUGUACCCCCCAAAAAGUGAUUGAACAUUGGGGAGAAGAGGAAGAGCAGCAUACCCAGAGAUCUACAGUGUUAUAGAAAGGUUCUCUCGGGGGGAAUCUAGAACCAGCCGUGGACUUUUCUGCACAGGGAAAUGGCCGGAAAAUAUUUGGUUUUCACUUGCCUUUUCCUCGCAUUUCUGCUUUCCUUUACAUGGUAUCACCUAAAGGACAGAGAUUGGGGACGUUACACUGCAUUUCCCUGCCAGACAGAGAACACAGGGUCCAACUCCAUCAUUUCACAUGAGCGACUAAAGGACUCACCUCUACACAGAAUGUUAUACGAGAAGCCGGAUCUCCUCAAACUUCCGAGAACAGAUGUAAUGAUUGCGACACCUUGGCAGGCCCCGAUAGUUUGGGAUGGCACCUACAACCUCGAUAUUCUCAAUGAACUGUUUCACCUGAGAGGAGCCCGGAUUGGUCUUUCAGUGUUCGUUAUAAGGAAAUACAAAGUUUUCAUCAAUGAUUUUCUACAAUCUGCUGAAGAAUUUUUCAUGGCGGGACACAAAGUCCAUUAUUACGUGUUUACUGAUGAUGUCAGUGGCAUCCCCAACAUCACCCUGAAGGAAGGAAGGAACAUGGAGGUUGUGAAAAUCUCCGGAUACAAACGCUGGCAGGACAUCACCAUGAGGCGGAUGCAGCUGAUCCGGGACUAUAUUUCUCAAAAACUCAUCAAUGAGGUUGACUACCUUGUGUGUUUAGAUGCUGACCUCAAGUUCAUGGAUCACAUUGGGGUGGAGAUAUUGGGGGAUGUGUUUGGAGUUAUACAUCCUGGUUUCUUUGGAGAAUCCCGUACAGCUUUUACCCAUGAGCGUAGGAACUAUUCCGCCGGCUACAUUCCUGAAGACGAGGGAGAUUUUUACUACACUGGGUGUUUUUUUGGAGGGACGGUGGAAGAGGUCUACAAACUGACCAAUUUCUGCCACAAUGCUAUGAUGGAAGACAAGGCAAAAAAUAUCGAGGCUUUAUGGCACGACGAAAGCUAUUUGAACAAAUAUUUCCUUUAUCACAAGCCGACCAAACUGCUCUCCCCUGAGUACGCAUGGAAUGACUAUUAUGGCUCCCCUGUUGUCGUAAAACGAAAGAGAUUGGUUCAUGUUCCAAAAGAUUAUAAUGCUGUCCGGGACUGACCAUCAGCUGACCUAUACCUGCCUAAGGAUGAUACCAGGGCCGCUUCUGCGUUUGUAAAGUUUAUGGAAAUCAUUAUUGUACAGAAAUGGGAUCCCUUAUCCGGAAACCAUUAUCCUGAAAGUUCAGAAUUACGGGAAGCUCAUCUCUUAUAGA